GCAGUGCGGCGGCCGACGGCCCGGCCGGCGGUGGUGUAUUUCCGCGCUAGUCGGUGUCUGGUGCAAACAGGCGGGCAGCGGUCCGCCCCUGCUCAGCCGUGGCUCCAACUGCAACUGCUCCAACUGCUCCAACUGCAACACCAGGAUGGUGCUGUGCAUCGCGGGCACACCGAUCGACACGAUCCCGCAGGACUUGCGCACGCUGUUCCAACUGUACCCGCACCUGAAGGAGGGUGCUCGUCACCUCUGCAGCCUGCCUGCCAAGUGUGUCGGCCCGGCCGGUCUGCUGUACGUCAGCCAGCGCGAGCUGGCCGUCACCGUGCCGCACGAUAGGAACGCCUCCGUGCUGGGUACCGACGACUGCACCACCUGUCACAUGGCCGUGUUCCGGCAUACAGCGUCCGGCGCCACCAGUCUCACUCAUCUGGACUCCUGCGAGCACGAGGAGCCGCUGCAAACGAUCCUUCAGCGCAUCGCGGAGCUGUCCAAGGGCUACCCGGCCGGACGAGUGCAGCUGCACCUAGUCGGGGGCUACAGGGACGGCCGCGGCGUCUCCGAGGAGGUUAGCCUGUCGCUUCUCAACGCGCUGUCAAAGACUCGGUACGAAGUGGACCUGGUCACCUGCUGUCUGGGCGAACUCAAUACCAUCACGAGGGACGGCAUGAACUGGCCGGUCGUGUACGGCGUGGGCGUCACCGUGGAGACCGGCGAACUCUUCCCAGCAUCAUUCCCUGACAAGGGUCCAGAGAUGGCGCUCCGGCAUGCGCGCUUCUACACCGGCGGACACCAACAGGUUUUGGAUAUAUACGACUGCCAGCAGGGCUUGAUGCGCAUCGGCCCGUUCAACUACGAGCCGCUGCGCAGUGUCGACCUGUGGCUGCGUCAGAGUGACGAGGUGCUGCUCAAACACCUCUCAACCAGUCCCGAGGUCGAGCCGCCGCACUUCGCCACGCAGGCGCGCGCCUCACUGAAGUACAUCCAGGAACAUCCGUUCCCGGCCAGUACCAUCUUCCCGGACGGACGUCCGCAUUACUUCCGCAGGGACCAGCUGUCCAGCCAGUGGGUGCAGCUCAGCUCCUGAUCCAGGUCCGCCACUGAUCCAGCUCCUCUAAUAAUCCAGAUUCACUACGGCCGGCCCAAAGACCUGUGGGGCCAGCGCGUGGGUGCAGAUCGGCUACUGAUGCCCAGCCGGCACACGACCAGCCGUGGCGACUUCUGGACCGGGCUCCCGCCGUCCAGCAGCACUGUGUAUUGUUAGCUGUUGCUGUUAGAUGUUGUGUGCGACUUGUGAUACGUGAUAAGCCUGACGCGAUAAGCCUAAUCGCCGGCCGGCAGCGGUGGUUGAUAUUAGCGAUGGCCGCCAGCGCUACGGUCGUCGCCAGUGGCCUGAGGCACAGGGGAAGCACCUAAUUCCAGUGAUGACUGCGUUCCGGGGAACCGUUGAACACGCUGCGCCAACGGUCCUCUGCUCCCUUUGUAGGGCCAAGGAAAUGACCUUUUUGUGCAGUGUGCUGAUAGACGCAGAGUAUUUAAUGUGAGCAGCAAUGGUCUAGUACCUAUUGGCAACUAUGAGUGACUCAAGAUGACUGCAGAAUAACACAAUUUCGAUUUCGAUGUAUAAAUAUCACGUUGUUGUGUUAUCAUUUAGGGUAAGCUUUUUAUAAAAAAAAAUAAAAAAAUACCUCUUAUGAAACGGGACUGUGUGUUCAUAAAAAGAAUGUCGAGUAUCGACUGCUUUUUUCGCCUCGGAUCGUCCUCAGAUGAAUGAAUCCGGCGAUUUCAUGAAAAUUUCCCCGGUCACAACCUUGCUCUGCCACUUGUCCAAUCAUGUCCUGGCUAGGUGGCCGAACAGUUUACGAUAGCUCUAUCAGGCGCUCCAAAUCUCUUCAUGAAAAAACAACAAAGUUUCGUUCAUUUCUCGCACUGCUAUCUGGCAGGAGCCAGGAAUACAUUUGAUAAGGGACAGAUAGCGACAAUGGGUCGCGGUUAUUGGAAUUUUCAAGUAAGCGGUAUCAGGUUUCGAUACGGCUUAUCUGAACGACAUUGUCCAUUGGUGAAAUGCCGGCGCCUACCAAUUCAAGAGAAGCGACAUAGCU